AUGGCGACUAACAAGAGAUCUCGUGCUGUCUAUGAAGCCGAUCUACAGGCUCGGCAGUCGCCCUAUGUGCUCUAUGGCACCGCCCUCCCACCUCUCGAUCCCGAGGUCCGCGAUGACGGGUCAUAUGUACCUAUAUGGAAGCAGGAAGUGACCGACGAGCGAGGACGUAAGCGCCUACAUGGUGCCUUCACCGGAGGUUUUAGUGCAGGGUAUUUCAAUACAGUUGGAUCCAAAGAAGGAUGGACGCCGUCUACUUUCGUCUCCUCACGGACAGACCGCUACAAAGAAACUCCAAAUAAUGUCCAGCAGCGCCGGGAAGAUUUCAUGGAUGACGAGGAUCUGGCGGAUGCGGCUGAGGCGGAACGCUUACAGACGUCUACAUCGUUUGCCGGCUUGGGCUCGACGGCUGAGGAUACUUUCCGUCAAGGAUUCUUGACGGAUAUCUUAAAGACAGCAGGGGAAACAAUGGGUGUAAAGCUCUUAAAAAGAAUGGGGUGGCGAGAGGGUCAGGGCGUCGGGCCAAAAGUGAGGAGGAAAGCUCGAUUUCACGACGAAGACGAUAGAGAAGAUGAGCAAACUACGCACUUGUUUGCACCAGACAAUCCACCUAUGGUUUCAUUUGAUCGGAAAGACGAUUAUCAGGGCUUAGGAUAUGUUGGGGAGGCACGGCUAUCAGAUUCCGCAGGAAGAGGCGGCUCUGAUCAAAAGGACCACGAAUCCGACAGCGACUCGAGGUUAUCACUGCUACGGGAGCCCGCGAAAAAGAAGAAAGAGAAACCUCAAACACGUGGAGGUUUUGGUGUGGGAGUACUGAACGAUACUGGCUCAGAUGAUGAGGAUCCGUUUGAGAUGGGGCCUCGUAUUUCAUACAAUCGCACAAUUGGUGGUGAUGCCAAAAAGAAGCGCCGAUCAGAAGGCGGGCUAUCAUCCAUAGGAUCAGCUAAUCCCUUGGUGGCAGCAAAGCCAGUGUUUAUUUCGAAAAAGAAAGCUGCCGCCAAAUCUCAAUCUGGCUUUCGUAAAUGCCAUGACGGACGCUUACCCCUGGACGGCUUCGUCCUGGCAGUCGAUACAAGCUUGCAUUCUUCUAUUGUAAACCAAGACGGAAGGUACCCUCCUCCAAAGAUUCCUCCUGAUUGGAAGUCAGCGAAGGAGUUGGUGACAUCAUCUUCAACGCCCGACGACAACUAUCAGAGCGUAGCAGAUGUGGCAAAAGCUUCAUCGCUGGACCCUAAAUCGCGAGCAAAAGUGCUUGGAGAGGAGCAACUUCCUGGAAAAUCUGUUUUCGAUUUCCUAAGCGCAUCUGCCAGAGCUCGAAUUGCGUCUGCGUCCGGAAGAUCGGAUUUACCAGCAGCUCGUGGUGAAGCGCCUCCCGAAGGCUUUGCCACGACCCAGGAGCAACGUCAGCAAUCUCUGCAGAGCCUUGUUCCUGCACUCGAUAAGGGUGUUGCCAUUCAAGCUCUAGGACGCGGCAUAAGCGGCUGGAUGCCUUACGCAGAGGACGAGUCGAAACGUUCUCGAUACAGAACUUUCCUCGAGAUAAGAGCUGGCAUACGAAGCGGUCUACCGGAACGAGCUCCAGCAAUGUCCACAGAAGACUGGGUGAAAGAGCUUCACGAGUUUGCCCAUGCAGCACAAAUUUUCAAGCCAAUGACUGGAAUGAUGGCUUCACGAUUUACCUCCUCCUCGACAUCGCCAAAGGUCGCCUCAGAUUCCGAGUUUUCCAACUCUCAAAGCGCGCUGCUGAGUAGGCCAGAGCAAAAACCAGAAGAUCCAGCAGAGUCUGCCGCCAAGAUGGGCAUGUUCGGGCCUUUGACUCGGUCAGUGCAGCAAUUUUUCCCUACUAGACUCCUAUGCAAGAGAUUUAACAUCAGGCCUCCUGCCAAUGUCGCGCCGGACCCCGAUAUGGGUUCAGAUACGCCUACAAGUGGUACUAAAACAACUUCCACUGGAAUACCUAGCGCUUCCCUAGAACUUGUGUCUAAAUCAACCUUGGAUUCGAUCCUGCGCGAGUCUAAGGCUCAUAGAAGCGAAUCUGGGGAAACGACACCUAGCGGCGGAUCUGAAACCCCACACAACCAGCCAGUUGAAGCUCCAGUUGACCCUGAGCACAAUGAGGCCCUGGAAAGCCAAAGAGCCGGCGAUGCCAUGUUUAAGGCGAUUUUUGGAAGCGAUGAUGAAGACGAUGAAUGA